UUGUAGGGGUGUGUGUGGUAAUGUCGGCUUUACUGCAGCGGCGCUUGGAUGAGCUGCUGAGUCCAUUUGGUUUUCAGUGCGACCCCUUCAAGAUUAGUUGGUAUAAUGCUGUGGUACAGCCUUGUUUUCGUCUACAAUAUCCAGAGGACACUUUGGCCUUUGUUGUUCUCAGCACACCCCAGAUGUUUGAGAGAGCUUUCAAACCUUUCAUUGCAGUCAUGCAAUUAUCUGAUGUCCGGGAUCCUAUUGAUGAAUGUGUUGCUCAUUAUUUCUCUCUAGUGAGGAAAAAUUUCCCUGAUCACAGGAUUGUAGCUAUCCAUGACUUUGAGCUACUUCCUAAUCGAAGGCCAAAGGUUUUGGUACAGUCAGCUGCACAUGUGGCUGGAGCAGCCUAUUAUUACCAAAUGAAGAAUAUGCAGCAAAACCCUUGGGGAGAAAAAAAAAUAUGUGGAGUCUGCAUUCAUCCACGCUACGGAGGCUGGUUUGCAAUACGAGGAGUCGUGAUAUUUCCAGAUGUCCAGGACCCAUCCCUUGAGCAAAAGCUGCCCAUGGACUGUGUUUCAACAGAUGAAAAAAAGAUUGAACUGCUCAAAAGGUUUAAUUUUCACUGGCAGGACUGGACCUACAGAGAUAUUAUUGAUGUAGAGGAAAGGUACUCUGAAGAACAAAAGCAGUACUUUGCUACACCUCCUGCUGAAAGAUUUAAACUGCUUGGACUGAAAAGUGAUUGUUAAUGACAUCUGGAGGAAAG